UUCCACGUCCAGAUGUGUGAUGGCUACGUGGCCUCCAUCAUCUGCUGCUGCCUGACAGUCAGCAGCAUAGUGGUUCUGGUGGCUGGGACACUCUGCUUCACUUGGUGGAGUGAAGGGAUUGCAGGUGCCCAGACUAGCCAGCUGGCCCCACCCACUGAGAUCCGUCCUGAGGCCCCCAGCCCCCUGCUCAGGUCGCUCAGCCUCUUCUGCUGUGGCCUGGGGGGCUUGCUGCUGCGCUUAGGCCUGCUAUGGUCCAUCACACCCAGCACCCAGGGGCUGCCCCAAUGGGACCCAUACCAUUUCUCCAGAGACCUGUACUAUCUCACCGUGGAGUCCUUGUAGAAGGAGAGCUGCAGUGAGGGCAGCAGUCUCUGCUUUUUCUUCCAUAAGCUGUGUGUCCUUGAGUACCACCUGUGUGACCCCUGA